UGUGUGCUUCCCGGGAAAUGGGGUCAGCUUGCCUUUUUGGGUGUGAACAUACACGAUACUCCGCUAUCAGCUUGCAGACUGCCAUGGAAAUUCCUGUUUUGCUUCAAACAGUCAUUGGGAGUGAACUGCCCUCAAGCACCAUGUUCGCCUGGGUUUGAAACAAACAGCUUUGGUGAUGAGGUAGAGCCCCUCCCACGCAGUCGAGGCGUUGAGACUCGCUGAAAUCCUUCAGCCCUGAUCAGUGUUCAAAGACAAUGACAGGGAUGAAGCAAAUAGAAAAAUUUCUCAAGAAGCAAACCUCGACGCUGACCAGAAGUCGUGUGGAUAAAGAUGGCUUUUUCCCAGGAACGCUUAAGCGGAGACCGAGUGCGUCCAAAAUCCUUCCCUUUUUAAAGGACACCGUUCCCGGGAAUGAUAGCCCCAGUCCCAAGGAUGAGUUUAGCCCUGACAUUGGAUGCCUGGAGAAUAAAUGGACAGACACAGAUGACGAGCUGACCAGUCCUUCCCUGUCAUCAGGAGAAAUGAGCCCCAAUGGGUCAACGCUCAGCAGCAAGUUGUGGCACUUCUCCGACACCCCAGAGAACAUUGUGGAUCAUGUGCUGGAGGGACUGAUGGAGGCUCCAAAGAGCAGCACUGACACAGAGAUUCUUCUGGAUGAUUUCCUUCUCACCCACUCUGUCUUCAUGCCGACUGACAAGUUGCUGCAGGUUUUACAUAAACAAUAUCCUUCCUUUGGAAAACAUCGGAUCGUUUUCAUUAUUAAAUCAAACAGAAAACUGCAGCUGUUUGGCAAAGCUUGCAACAGCCCACUCAUCGAUAUGGGUGCAGCUCUCAGUCCACAAGCAGACUCGCAUGUGAGCGGCUCGACGUGUGUUACGUACUGUACAAGUGUGUCUGAGAGAGCUGAAAACUGUAACGAGGCUUACCCGGAACUGAAGAAGCAAAAGGUUCUGAAGAUCACGGUCGAUUGGGCAGAGAAAUGCAAGGAUCUUCUUCUCGAAGAUGAAAAGGCUGUAAAGUUGCUCAAGGACCUGAAUACUAUUGCCAGAAAGGACCUGCAUCUCUAUCCGAAUCUGAAUGAAGAGAUCUCAAGGCUUCAGCAAAUGGUGGAAUCAGUGGAAUACAGGCCUCCUGAAGAUUGCAGCUGUUUGAGAAAAAAACAGGUUAAGCCUCUGUUCCGUCACUUCAGUCGCACGGAUAUCUGCCUGCAGCAGAGGGAGCCUCUGCGUGGGACGGAUGAGAUUUUCUGCCGUAUCUACGCGACUGAUCAUUCCUACGUGACCAUCAAGAGCAGGUUAUCAGCCUCAGUGCAGGAGAUCGUGUUGUCUGUAGCCGAGAAGCUUCAGCACUGUGAAGAAGAGUCAAAGGAGCCUGUCCACAAAAACCUGCUGCUGGUCGCUAUAAGAUCGUCGGGCGAAAAGACAAUGUUUCGGUUGGAUGAAGAUUCCGUGUUUACGACCUUGGGUGUUAACACUCAUCUAUUUGCCUGCACAAAGGAGUCUGUGGAAUCGCUGGUCCCCCCUCCGGCUGUUGAGCGUCUCUCCCACGAAGGCCCAGAAAUCAAUGAAACGAACAUGGUGGAAAUGGCCAAUCAGAUCACAGCAUUUGACUGGGAGCUUUUAAAUUGUGUCCACGAGCUGGAAUUGAUCCACUACGUCUUCCGGAACGAGAGCAUUCGGAGGCGGACAGCAAAUCUGGAGCUGGUGCUACAGCGGUGUAGCGAGGUGCAGCACUGGGUCGCCACGGAGAUUCUGAUGUGUGAACGUCUGGGAAAACGGGUGCAGCUUCUCAAAACCUUCAUCAACAUGGCUGCUCUCUGUAAGGAGAAGCAGAACCUGUUCUCGUUCUUUGCCAUCGUUAUGGGCCUGUGCAAUGCUGCAGUCAGCCGACUCUGUCUGACCUGGGAGAAACUUCCUGCAAAAUGUAAAAAGCUCUUCCAGAAAUUUGAGAGUUUAACAGAUCCUUCACGAAAUCAUAAAACCUACAGGGACACCAUUGCCAGGAUGAAGCCUCCCCUGAUUCCUUUUGUCCCUCUGCUACUGAAAGAUAUGACAUUCAUACAUGAAGGCAACAAAACAUUCCUGAAUCAGCUGGUGAACUUUGAGAAAAUGCACAUGGUGGCCAGUGCAGUCCGGACCUUGAGGAAGUAUCGAAGCAGCCCGCUCAACCUGGAGUUGGACUCGGCUGCAAACCACAUCCAGAUUAAGGCCUACAUCCGCCAGCUCCAUGUGAUCGACAAUCAGCAGUUACUCUAUGACCUCUCAUACAGACUGGAGCCCAAGGACCCGUAACCCCGGGGCUUCUGCUCCGUACUGCUCCCAGUCUGCAAUGCUAGUCGAUGGCGUUGGAAGUGUAUGUGGCCGUGCCACUGCUGAUCUGGACCUACUGUACAUAACUGUACAGAACCAUCCACUUACCAAAAGAGGUCUGCACCUGCUUCAUGAUGAAAUACCAACCGGGCCUGUGGUAGACCCAUUGCUGACUCAUUCAUUACAUCAUACUGGGCUGGCACAGGACAGGAACAUGUGCUGUAUGCCCGGUGCUGCUCUAGGGAUUGUGUGCACUGAUAUCAUAAGCUGCAAGCUAUUUAUCAUUCUGCUUAUUGAAGCCACAGGGUAAUUCUUAUCAAACAAAACAGGAUUGAGCUAGAAUCUGGAAUUGGAGCAGAUGGGAGGAGCUGUAUGUGUAUGGGCCUUCCUUGGGAAUAUUCUGAUUUUCACUACAGAUUUGGUUUGAUUCACUGCGGGUCUUAUUUUGAGGUCUUCAUAUUUAGACAGUGACUCCCUCUGUUGGCAAGGAGCAAAUGGUGCAGGUUUUAAACCAGCCCCUUCCUUGUGAGUUUUAAUUGCAUCAUUACUGUUGUGAAUCCACCGUGCAGUUUCCCUUCUUACCUUGCCCACCAAUUUUUAAAUAUUUAUUAAUUUUUCCUCUUCACGAUGCCUCCCACUGUAGUGGCUGCUUCACAUGGCUGUCUGCUCACCAGCUCUGCUGUCAUUUCACUUGUCUGGGCCACUAAGACGCAGGUAAAGGGGACCUGAAGAUUGAUGAGGGAGGCAAACACUCGCGUUCUUUCCAUCCCUCUCACCCGCUUUGGGAAAAGCUUUAAGCAUCUCCAUGGGACUCAGGAUGGCAAUUCUACAUCCUACCAGCCGGCAACCCAUUCCCAGGUCAUGUCACAGAAGAGAGACAUUUUCAGACCAGACUAACACAGCCCUGCUUAGCUCUAGUCUUGUAUCCAUAUUUGAUUUGACAUUGUAAUAUAGGUUGUAAUAUAAUAUUGAUCAAUUAUUUCUGUUUUUAAUUUCAAUAUUACAUUUAGAAAAUAGUUUCUACAUUUUUUAAAAUAUUUUGUACAAAGAAUGCUUUCUCUUCUUUAGAUUUAUUUCAUUUCAGUGAGAUGGCUAAGCAGUGUUCAUCUGUUAUCCUCUGUGUGUUGUCUACAUAAAGCACUUACAGGUCUGACUGAAA